AUGCCCGAGGACAUGUGGGCUUGGCUGGAGCAUGGUGGCUCUGGGGGCCCGGCCCACCCUGGCACCGGUGCCCUUGGCUCGAGGGAGGAGCCCGAGUUCGUGACCGCUCGCGCUGGCGAGAGCGUGAUCCUGGGAUGCGAUGUGAUCCACCCGCUCACGGGACAGCCCCCUCCCUAUGUCGUGGAGUGGUUCAAGUUUGGCGUCCCCAUCCCCAUCUUCAUCAAGUUUGGGUUUUACCCUCCCCAUGUGGACCCAGAGUAUGCCGGCCGGGCCAGCCUGCACGACAAAGCCUCCCUGCGCAUUGAGCAGGUGCGCUCUGAGGACCAGGGCUGGUACGAGUGCAAAGUGCUCAUGCUGGACCAGCAGUACGACACCUUCCACAACGGCAGCUGGGUCCACCUCACGGUCAAUGCUCCCCCCACGUUCACGGAGACCCCGCCGCAGUACGUAGAGGCGAAGGAGGGCAGCAGCGUCACCCUGACCUGCAUGGCGUUCGGGAACCCCAAGCCCAUCGUCACCUGGCUCAGGGAGGGAGACCUUUUGGGUGCCAAUGGCAAGUACCAGGUGAGCGACGGGAGCCUCACGGUGCUCUCGGUCAGCCGGGAGGACAGAGGUGCCUACACCUGCCGGGCCUACAGCAUCCAGGGCGAGGCUGUGCACACCACGCGCCUGCUCGUCCAAGGACCUCCCUUUAUCGUUUCCCCUCCGGAGAACAUCACAGUCAACAUCUCCCAGGAUGCUCUGUUCACCUGCCAGGCCGAGGCGUAUCCCGGGAACCUCACCUACCUGUGGUACUGGGAGGAGGAGAACGUCUACUUCAAGAACGACUUGAAGCUGAGGGUGCGGAUCCUGAUCGACGGGACACUGAUUAUUUUCCGUGUCAAACCAGAGGAUGCUGGAAAAUACACCUGUAUCCCCAGUAACAGCCUGGGCCGCUCGCCAUCAGCCUCUGCCUACCUGACAGUGCAGUAUCCUGCCCGUGUGGUGAACAUGCCCCCCAUCAUCUACGUUCCCAUCGGGAUCCACGGGUACAUCCGCUGCCCGGUGGAGGCGGAGCCGCCGGUCACGCUGGUCAAGUGGAACAAGGACGGGCGUCCCCUGCGAAUCGAGAAGUAUUCUGGCUGGAACCUGCUGGAAGACGGGUCGAUCCGGAUCGAGGAGGCCACUGAAGAUGCUCUCGGCACUUACACCUGUGUGCCUUAUAACGCCCUGGGUACGAUGGGCCAGUCUCCCCCUGCCCGACUGGUACUGAAGGACCCCCCCUAUUUCACGGUGCUACCAGGCUGGGAGUACAGACAGGAGGCAGGGAGGGAGCUGUUGAUUCCUUGUGCUGCUGCCGGAGACCCCUUUCCCAUCAUCGCCUGGAGAAAGGUCCUCUCGGAAACGGGGGAACCGUCUGCCUUGCCACGACCGGAGAGACCGGAUCCCCUGCCGGUGGCCGGCGGUGUCCCCUGGGCCGCGCAGGUAGGGAAGCCCAGCAGGAGCAAGCACAACACGCUGCCCGGCGGGACCCUGCAGAUCCGCUCCCUCGGCAAGGACGACCACGGCGAGUGGGAGUGUGUCGCCACCAACAUCGUCGCAAGCAUUACUGCCAGCACCCACCUGACCGUCGUAGGGACAAGCCCUCACGCCCCGACCAGCGUGCACGUAGUGGCCGCCAUGACCUCAGCCAACGUCUCCUGGGAGCCCGGCUAUGACGGUGGAUACGAGCAGACUUUCUCAGUUUGGAUGAAGAGAGCCCAGUUUGGACCCCAUGACUGGCUGUCUCUCCCUGUGCCAGCUGGUUCCAGCUGGCUGCUGGUGGAUACCUUGGAACCAGAGACUGCCUACCAGUUCAGUGUCUUGGCUCAAAACAAGCUGGGCACCAGCUCCUUCAGUGAGGUGGUCACUGUGAACACUCUAGCAUUCCCUGUAACAACUCCAGAGCCUCUGGUGUUGGUUACCCCACCGAGGUGCCUAACAGCCAACCGGACACAGCAAGGCGUCCUCCUGUCGUGGCUCCCUCCUGCCAACCACAGCUUCCCCAUCGACCGCUACAUCAUGGAAUUCCGCGUGGCGGAGAAGUGGGAGAUCCUGGAUGAUGGCAUCCCGGGCUCCGAGAGCGAGUUCUUUGCCAAGGACUUGUCCCAGGACACCUGGUACGAGUUCCGCGUGCUGGCGGUCAUGCAAGAUCUCAUCAGCGAACCCAGCAACGUCGCUGGCGUGUCCAGCACAGAUGUUUUUCCUCAGCCUGACCUGACGGACGAGGGCCUAGCCCGCCCGGUGCUGGCCGGCAUCGUUGCCACCAUCUGCUUCCUGGCUGCUGCCAUCCUCUUCAGCACACUCGCUGCCUGCUUCGUCAACAAGCAACGCAAACGCAAGCUCAAGCGCAAGAAAGACCCUCCUCUCUCGAUAACCCACUGCAGGAAGAGUUUGGAGUCCCCGUUGUCUUCCGGCAAGGUGAGUCCUGAGAGCAUCCGCACGCUCCGUCCCCCCUCGGAGUCCUCUGACGACCAGGGCCCUCAGGCCAAGCGGAUGCUGAGCCCCACCAAGGAGAAGGAGCUCUCCCUUUACAAGAAGACCAAACGAGCCAUCAGCAGCAAGAAGUACAGCGUCUCCAAGGCGGAGGCCGAAGCUGAGGCCACCACUCCGAUCGAGCUCAUCAGCCGCGGGCCGGACGGACGCUUCGUCAUGGACCCGGCGGAGAUGGAGCCCUCCCUGAAGACACGGCGGAUCGAGGGCUUCCCCUUCGUGGAGGAGACGGACAUGUACCCCGAGUUCAGGCAGUCAGACGAGGAGAACGACGAUCCCGUCGUCCCCACCUCCGUGACCGCCCUGAAAGCCCAGCUCACCCCUCUCUCCUCCAGCCAGGAGUCCUACCUUCAGCCACCAGCAUACAGCCCCCGGUUCCACCGGGCGCUGGAGGGUCCCGGCGCCCUGCAGGCAACCGGCCAGGCCCGCCCGCCAGCCCCCCGGGCUUUCCACCACCAGUUUUACGGUUACCUCAGCAGCAGCAGCCCCGGGGAGGUGGACCCGCCGCCCUUCUACAUGCCAGAAGUCAGCCCGCUGAGCUCAGUCAUGUCCUCCCCACCGCUGCCCCCCGAGGGGCCCUUCGGACACCCCACCAUCCCUGAGGAGAAUGGGGAGAAUGCCUCCAACAGCACGCUGCCCCUGGCCCAGACCCCCACGGGGGGCCGGUCCCCUGAGCCCUGGGGCAGGGCCGAGUUCCCCUUCGGCAGCCUGGAGCUGGCCCCUGCGCCGUUCCCCCACCAGCUCCAGCCCUGUGAGGCGGCCGAGGGCUCCCAGCCCGCGGGCUGCCUUCCUCGGGGGCCACCACCCUCCUCCCUCCAGGUGGUCCCCGCAUCCUACUCGGGCAUCCUGCCCCUGGAGGCACCAAAGAGCUGGACCGGCAAGUCACCGGGCAGGGGUCAAUCCUCCGUGCCCACUACCACCAAGUGGCAGGACAAACCUAUGCAACCCAUGGGAUGUCAAGGGCAGCUAAGACAUACCAGCCAAGGUAUGGGCAUACCCGUGUUGCCUUACCACGAACCGUCCGAGCCCGGCGGCCCCAGCGGCACAAGCACAUUCAGCCUGGACACCAGGUGGUACGAGCCCCAACCCCGACCUCGGCCCAGCCCUCGGCAGGUCAGGAGGGCUGAGCCCAGUUUACAUCAGGUGGUGCUACAACCUUCAAGGCUUUCUCCUCUGACCCAAAGUCCCCUGAGCUCCCGCAACAGCUCCCCGGAGCUGACUGCCCGCGCCCGGCCCCGCCCGGGGCUCAUCCAGCAGGCGGAGGUGUCGGAGAUCACGCUGCAGCCGCCCACGGCUGUCAGCUUCUCCCGCAAAUCCACGCCGUCCUCCACGGGAUCUCCGGCGCCGAGCAGCCGUGGGGACAGCCCCAGCUUCCGACCGACCACCGCCUUCACUCCCGUGGGCACCGGCUUCUCCAACUCCCAGGGCUCCUCCCUGCCCGUGGACACCAUGGAUGUUUUUGGAGACAUCCCUUCUCCAAGGAGGGCUGACGAGGAGAUUCUCCAACCAGAGCCGACAUCCACCACCACGGUAGCCGCCACAGGAAAACGUCCAUCUCCGCCCGGGGACGCUGCUGCACCUGAGAGGCUCGAAGCUCUGAAAUACCAGCGGAUAAAGAAGCCCAAAAAGUCAUCCAAGGGCUCCUCGAAAUCCAGAAAACAACCCAAUGGCUCUGCCUCCCAGGUUCAGCACCCUCCCAGCUCUCAGGUACUGUCACCUGACGAAGCUGUCUGCCUCCGCAAGAAGAAGAGACACCCUCGUCAGGAUCCCUUCGCCCGGCUCUCAGCGCUGAAGGACGACCUCUGCCACCGGCAGCUCCCUGAAGACCAGACAGCCAUUCUCAACAGCGUGGACCACGAUGACACCAGUGGACACGCCACCCUGCUCUAGCCUAGCGCCGGUCCCAGGAGGUUGAACAGGAGCGGUGGAGGGAGCUGGUGUCACACCAUGGGGGGAUGGAGGUGA